AAUCUGACCAGCAGGGGGCAGCCAAACUUAUUUUACUACCUUGUACGACCUCAAAUAUAUCGAUUUUAUGUUUUGUUAAUCAUUACUAACUGUAGGCUUUUACACCAAACUGUUUCCAAUAUAAGCCUAGUAGUGAACAUAUUUUUUGUCAAAUCGAGUCUGUGUUAUGCUCCUCCAUAUCUCAUAACACAUUGUAUGUUAUUCCCCAAAGCAUUUACAGUAAAGACAAUUUGCAUCUCAUAUUAUCCUACCAUUAAUAUCAUCAUAACCCAAAACUAUGACGCUCCUGAGCGGCGGUGAUUCACGUUGUGAACGUGAGUCAGACAUCAUGAGCACCUCGUUAGUCACUACUACAGGUCAUAGGGUCACGAUGCUGCGUGUUUCAUCUUAAUCUGCCCGAUACUCUAGCCCAAAAAAAAAGAUUGUUUCGCGCUAUUUCCACGUUUCACCCACUGUACUGAUGCAAAUUGAUCCCAAAGCAUCGAACCCCGCCGUCUCCAUCGUGUUUCCUCAGCACCCCGCGCGGUUGGACAGCGACCUUAUACUUCUACUCGGGAGCAAUUUUACAACAGCAGCAUCACCGCGGCCUCCGCCAAUCACGCUGCGAUUCAGAUGAGCUGAAACAGCCCCGUGUCGUUUUGUUAUUAGCCUCGGAAUAAGCCAUUAUUACGAUUCAUCACAGACCCCUUGCAGAUGGGUUGUUUUCCGAGCCUGUUUCUUCAUCGCUCUCACGGUAAAGUGUGUGCAGCGGUAUCGCUAUAGGCAGGAUGGAGGCUCGCUCCACCAUAGGGGAGAGCACGGACGCGAUUAUCACGGAAGAUUCUCCUUCAGAUGAAAGAGAAAUACGAGACAUUUCGCAAAGUGGCGUCCCGGGCCGGUCCCUGGGCCCUCCUGGGGGGGUGUACGGCGGGGGAUGCCAGCGGACGGCGGUCCCGUCUGACGGGGGACGGAGGGGCAGCUGUGGCAGCCCGGCCUCCUCCUCCUCCACCUCCUUCCAGCUCUACCACCAGGUCCCUCAGGACCCCCCGGGCAUGGCCUACCACCUGGCCCAGCCCCGCCGCUGCUCCUGCCCAGGACCAGUCCCCAGCCCCGGGCAGGGCGCCCACCCAGACCCCCCGGGGCCCCGGGGAGACGGCCCAGCGGUGGGGACGGGGGCGGGACAGAGCUCCAGCUCGGCCAAUCAGGCGUCGCGGCGGCAGGACGCGUCAGGAUGUCCCUACCAGCACGGGGGUCACGGCGGGGGAGCCCACCAGGGGGCGCAGCACCACGUGGUGACGGUCCGGGCUGGAGGUCUCUACUGGAUACCUAAGAACCUCUCCCAGCUGGUCUUGGACUACCCGCUGGGUGUGAUGCUGGGCUGCGCCCUGGUCCUACUGGGGGGCUCCCUGGCCGGCCUGCUGAUCGGACCACUGCCCGACUUCUCUGAACCACUACUGGGCUUCGAGCCUCGAGGGACGGCGAUCGGUGUCCGUCAGGCCAGCCUGGACCUGAUGCAGCAGAACACCGGGCCAGGGAAGCUCCUGUCUUAUGUUCCCUGGCAGGCCCGAGACAGGACAAAGAUGAGCGGGGAAGUCAGUGCCGGCCAGGCCCCCCCCAGGCAGCGCCCCAGGAGGAUGUUAAACAGAGACUCGUCUCCGGAGACGUUCCUGUGUGACGCCCCAGGCGAGCGGUUUGCCCAGCUGGUGUUCCGCUCGGGGAACUCAGCCAGUCUGUGGAGCCUGAAGGCCAUCCACUCCAUGUGUGAGAUGGAGCAAGCCAUGAUCCGCUCCCAGGCCGGUUUCCAGGACCUGUGCCAGCAACAUGUGAGGGGAGAUCCUGGGGAGACGGUUUCAAAAGGGGGCUGUUGUCCCAGUUGGUCCCUGGGCAACUACCUGGCGGUCCAUACCAACGCCUCCUCAUGCCUCAGUCUCACCUCGCACCAGGUGUCUGAGUCCCUGGGCCUUCUGCGGUUCUGCGCUCCCUUCUACCACAAUGGCCAGCUGGUGGAGGCCUGCGUGCGGACGCCCGGACACGCCGCCUGCCCCUCGGUUCCUUCGCGCUGCAGACAGACGCGUGUGGUCUUCCACAUCCUGCACUACCUGGUGGACAAAGACUUUGUGGGCCCGGAGACGGUGGAAUACCAAGUCCCGUCGCUGAAGUACAGCCUCCUGAUCCUCCCUGUGGAGAAGGGGGACGACGUGUUGGAUAUCUACCUGAACAGCCUCGAGGGACGGGAGCUGACCUAUAACAACACGACCAUCACUGGCAUGGACCUCGGUAUCAAGGAGACCUUGUUCAAGUAUUACCUGGCCAGGGAUUCUGUGUAUCCUGUGCUGGCCGUCGUCUCUCUGUUUUUUACCAUGGCUGUGUACCUCAAAUCCAUCUUCAUAUCAGUGUUGUCUCUGCUCGCCAUCACCGGUUCCCUCCUCACGUCCUAUUUGAUCUACAAGGUUGUGUUCCGACUGACGUUCUUCCCUCUGCUCAACCUGUCAGCGGCGCUCAUUCUCCUCGGCAGCUGCUCCAAUCACGUCUUCACCUUCUCUGACUUCUGGAACCUGCAGCUGUCGCAGUACCCCUCCGCCCCCCUGGAGAAGAGGGUGCGUCGGGUCAUGCAGGAAGUGGGCUACCUGGUCUUUGCCUCAGGCUUGACCUCCAGCGUUGCGUUCUUCUCCGGCUAUCUCAGCAGCAUCACCGCCAUCCGCUGUUUCUCCGUUUACCUCGGGACCGCCUCCCUGAUCUGCUCCAUGUCUGCCAUCGUGUGGCUGCCCUGCUGCUUCGUCCUGCGCGAACGCUACACCGUAGCCUCCUCCUCCUCCUCCGCGGCCCUCCAGAGAUGGAAGCCCUGCUGUGCCAAAAACCAAGGAGGCUUCUGGGACACUAGCUCACGGAAGCGAUGCCUCUUCACCAUAGUGCAAAGGUUAAGGGGGCUCAACAGAGGGCUCAACGACACGGCCAGCCUGCUGUUUCUGAAGAUACUGCCGUGUGGCGUGGUCAAGUUCAGGUACAUCUGGAUGUGUUGGUUCGCGGUCCUGGCCGUCGGCGGGACGUACAUCUCCUGUGUGGAUCCCGGUAUGAGGCUGCCUACGCUAGACACCGGCUCCACCCAGCUCUUCCGCUCCAGCCAUCCGUUCGAGAGGUUUGACGCAGAGUACCGCAACAUGUUCAUGUUUGAGAGGCAGAAUAAUGGGGAAGAUAAGCCCGUCACUGUGAUGCUGGUCUGGGGGGUAAGCCCAAUGGAUAACGGGGACCAUUUCAAUCCGAGGAGCAACGGCUCUUUGGUCCUUGACCCGAACUUCAACAUGAGCAGCCCGGAGUCUCAGGUCUGGUUGAGUGAUUUGUGCGGCAGGAUUCAGAACCAAACGUUCUAUUUUCAGCUAACAUCUGGAGAUAGAGACACAAUGCCGGAAAACAUCUGUUUUGUGGAGCAGUUGACGCGCUGGGUGUCUGCUAGACGUUGCCCAGACCGUCACGAUGACGGCCAGCGGGUUUGUUGUCAGGAUAUGCAGUUCCCCUACCCAUCCGGUGCCUUCGAGCAGUGCCUCCGGAUGAUGCUGGCAGAGAGGCAGGCUGAGGGCCAUCUGGCCCGCGGCGAUGGCCUGUACUUCCAAGCAGAUGGCAGCAUCGCCGCGCUCGUAUUGGCGUUCAAAACCACAUACUUAUACAGCUUCAACUACAGCAAGACAAGCCACUUUCACAGAGAGAUAUCGACGUGGUUCUCAAAGGAAGUGUCAGGUGCACCCCAGGGACUGGAAGACGGCUGGUUCAUCAGUCCGCUGUCCCUCUUUGACCUGCAGCAAGCACUGAGCUCUGAGACCCUCGUGGUAGCCGGCUUCUCAAUAGCCCUUACCUUCACUUGCCUUCUCUUGACUACCUGGAACAUUUUGCUGAGCAUCUACGGCACCAUGGCUGUGGGGGGCUGCGUGUUUGUCACCGUUGGACUGCUGGUCUUGCUGGAAUGGCAGCUGAGCGGCAUCGAGGCUCUGCUUAUUUCCACCGCCGCAGGGCUGUCGGUAGACUUUAUUGCCAACUACUGCAUUUCCUAUAACUCGGCCCCGCACACGGACCGGAUAGGGAGGGUGGCCCACGCCACCAAGCGGAUGGGCUGUCCCGUGGCGAUAGGCUCUGGCGCCUUCUGCUGCGUGGGGAUCAUCAUGUUGCCGGCCACCGCCUUGCUGUUCAGGAAGUUAGGAAUUUUCCUCUUUCUCGUAAAAUGUGUCGCAUGUGGAUUUGCGACAUUCUUCUUCCAGUCGCUGUGCUGUUUCUUCGGGCCUCAGAAGGACUUUGGUAAGACCAUGCUGCCCUGUUUGACGGAGCAGGCGGCAGACAGGGUGCUGUCCUCCUGCUCGGCCACAGAACCCGGUACCGGGUCGGCUUCGGCGGCCAACGGGGCGUUCUGCAGGCCCAGACCCAGGAAGGACUACGAGUACAACAACCACCACCAGCAGCGCCAACAGAGGGAUGAACAGCCCGGAGGCGGAGGAGGUGGGCGUGGUCCUGAGCAGUAUGAGCUUCAGCCGUUGGCUUGCCGUCUGAGUGACAGCUUUGAGAACAGCACGUGUACCAGUAAGCUCUCCAACCGGCCCUCUGUGCUCUCGGAUGAGAUCGAGGACUGCAGGAGGGACAUGGAGCGGGACCGGACGGAGGCAGAGAGCGAGGAGCUGUGUAGUCACCAGCACAGGGUGUGCCAUCCGCCUCAAGCCCUUCAGACGUCCUCCCCCUAUAAGGAGGGUGCUCUGCGACCGGCGACCCAACCACAGGGAGACGCCGCCACGGAGAUACUCCUCUGUAAGACGUGCAGAGGCCAGACCGGAGGGGCGAAGCUCUGGAGGGGGGAGACCUUCUCCUCUUCCUCCAGCAUGGAGGAGACGGCCAUCAGCCAGACCCUGGAGACCGUCGACCAGCUUUCGCUCUGUAAAGAAGGACACUCAGCUGAAGACCAGCUCCAUCAGAACUCGGGCUCAGAGCUCCCCCACCGGUCCCAGAGCUCCUGCGACGGCCCGGAGGACCCCAUGGAGACGUGUCGGAAUGAUACUGAGCCGGGAGCCUCCAACACUCAGCAGGCAGAGGAGGAGGAGGAGCAGUUACAGCCCGGACACCUCAACGGGAAGAGGGACACCCUGAGGCUCUCCCUGAAGGAGACCGUUUACGAGACCUCCUCAGGCGGCAGCGGGAAGGGCCGGACGGGGCAGAGCGAGGAGGUGGUGAUCAUACCCAACAGUAAGCCAGACCUGCCCGACGUGUGGCUCAAGAGGGACGGCCAGAGAGAACUCGCCGACUACAGCUGAGGGGAUCAGGGUAACGCUGUGCGAUUGUUACCAUGCCCGAUCAGGAUGCUUGGUAACUACUAUUGUGAUAUGCUCAAAGGGAAGAUACACCAGUUGUGAAGUAACUUAAAAUAACAGGAUGCAUCUCUAACGAGACCGCUGGGGUGACGGGGGAUCCAAACCAAGUUACAUGUAUUUCCAAAAGACUUGAGCUGAUGUUCAUUUGAUUGAUUUGAUUUAAAAUCAAUCAAAGCAUGAUACCUUGUUCAUGCUUCAAAGACUGCACAUAUUUCGUGAACCAUCUAUCACAUAAGCACAUCAUUAUAAAAGAAAAAUACAGUAUUAUCAGUUGCUUAUAUGUUAAGAAUGUCACGUUGUGCCUGAAGUCUUUAGUAUAACAGAUCCUAAAGACAGACAUUGUGCAGACUGGCCUCCACACAGCCCCAAGUGUGACACACUGUUCAGGCUGGAACUAUAGUGUCAAGCCAUACUGUAUUGUACCCCCUUGUUCGACUUUUAAAGAAAGGUACAAAGAUAAUAUGCUGCUUUUGUUAUUUUAUACCCGUUUUACCUCUAAGGUAUAGUUUGUAAGGACGGCCAAAGAAAACAUUAAGAUAAACCUAUAAGAGUGUUGUUUAAGGAAAAAUAAUCCAUUAUCACUUAUGAAAAAGUGUAAGGCAUCUGUGUCAGAAGGUAUCCAUCCUUUGGGCUGAGCGGUACAAUUAAUCUCUACACAGAUGGGCCAGGACUAUUUUAUGAUGUUUCUGAACUGCAAACUCUGCUUCAUAUCAAGAGGCUGUAAGGUGGUUUUGUGGUGUGCUGAUAGUGUCAGUGUUGUCAAUAAGACACAUAAGCUUGCAAUGUUAUUUGUAGCCUUACCCAUGCAGUCAAUGCUAAAACUCAAAUAUGCCGUUUUAAUGUCUGUGGUAUAAAAUGUGAUUAUACUUUU